GGUUGCCGGAGGAAAGUCGGAUUGAUCGGAUUCCGGUGCCGGUGCGGUGAGGUAUUUUGCUACGAGCAUCGAUAUUCCGAUCGACACAGCUGUAGUUACGAUUACAAAGCAGCUGGUCGUGAAGCUAUUGCUAGAGAAAAUCCAGUUGUGAGAGCAGCGAAACUCGUCAAGGUAUGAAGGGGGAGGGGGGUUACUGGGGUGGGUGGUUUAGGUAGGGUGGAUGAGGAGAAUGAAUGAUGUGUGGUGGGGGUGGGUUUGUGUUGUAACAUUUGAUAAAGAAAUGAGGGUAUUAUUGUCAUUGAAGUUAUUAUAAGUUAGUGGAAAGCCAUUUUUCCUUUUCUUUAAUUAAAUUUUCUUCACACGUCAAAAAAAAUUAAUUUUUCUAUUUUUUUAAAUUCUCUUUUUCUAAUUUAUUUUGGAAUUUUGUGUGGUUAAUGUGUUUAAUUUGUACUCUUUUGCAACUCCCACGAUGAGAUCCAUGUGGUAAUAUAUCACCAUCAACAAUGUGGAUGGUCACAAAAGUCUAAAGAAAAUGGAAAGUGGGCCAGUUGAUUGCA